CUUCGGGAUUCGGUUUAGACUUUCACACCAUGUUAACUUCCGGUGUAGGAUAGGUUGCAUCCAUCAACAUUUGUUAGAUCUUGAGCUUCCACACUAGCUGUGAUUUUUUGACACCCUGGACCAUCACAGGUACAGCUGCACCCGAUACACCUGUUUCAUCCAAUAAUAAUCAGUCAUUCUAACAAAAGAGUUUUAAAGGAAAGGCAACAUUUUCAAAUCAUGGUGGACUAGCGAGAGAUAUGAAAGUUUUGGGUCAAAGGUUAUCAAUCUUCAAAUUUUCCUUGCUUGUCUUCGCUCUCUUCAUUGUUACAUCAUUUCUAUUUAUAUACUACCUGGAUUCGCAUUGGAGACAGCCUAAAAUUAAUUUCAAAGACAAUGCAGAGAGUUCCAAUCCAGAAAAAAAUCAGCAGGAGAAGAGGCAGAUUAUUGUAAAUCAGAUUCCCCCAUUUAUAAAGGCCAAACAACAGCUAUUUGAAAUGGCACUAGACCAUGCUCAACGAGAGGAGGAAGCCUUGAAUAAUAUAAAGCCCCAGACGACCUCUAAACCUCGGCCUUAUAUCAACUACAACGUACACAUCUUCUAUUACCCGUGGUACGGAAAUCCUGAACAUGAUGGAAAGUAUUAUCAUUGGAACCACCCUUAUCUCCCCCACUGGGAGAAAGUAGAGGCGGCUAAAUGGCCCUCAGGGACACAUGUGCCCCCCGAUGACAUUGGAGCUAACUACUACCCUGAGCUGGGCCCCUACAGCUCUAGUGAUCCAGUGGUGGUAGAAGACCACAUAAAGCAGAUUCAGCUGUCAGGAGCAGGAGUUUUGGUUGUAUCCUGGUAUCCACCAAAUGAUGCCGACAACGAAGGAAAACAGCCAGACAAACUGAUGCCUCUUAUCCUUGAUAUGGCGGACAAGUAUCAGUUAAAGGUAGCAUUCCACAUAGAGCCCUUUAAAGGCAGAGACCACAAAACCCUGAAAAAUAACAUCAAAUACAUUGUGGACACCUAUGGAAAACACCCAGCCUUCUACAGAUACUACGACAGACAGAAAAAGAAACUGUUACCUGUGUACUAUAUUUACGAUUCUUACCUUGUCAAGUCCUCGGACUGGGCAGAGCUCUUCACUUCUAGUGGAUCUAUAUCCAUCAGAAACACGGAGUAUGAUGGGGUGUUCCUAGGCCUCCUCGUGGAGAGACAGCACAAGGAGAGCGUGGCUAAUGCCGGGUUUGACGGUUACUACACUUACUUUGCUACGGACGGAUUUACUUAUGGCAGUUCCUGGAAACACUGGAGGGAGAUCAGGAAGUAUGCGAGGGGGAGGAAAAUGCUGUUUGUCCCGAGUGUAGGGCCGGGGUACAUAGACACUAGGGUACGUCCGUGGAAUGGAAAGAAUACACGAUCUCGUCAGGAUGGACAGUAUUAUAGACUCGCUCUACAGAGUGCGUUAGACAUUAACCCUUCCCUGGUAUCCAUUACGUCUUUCAAUGAGUGGCAUGAGGGGACACAAAUAGAAACGGCUGUCCCUAAAGCCACUAAAAACUUCACUUACUUAGAUUAUGGAUCUGAGGGACCUCAGUUUUAUCUCAACCUUACAAGACAAUAUUUAUCGAAAUUUAAAACAGAAGAUUUAACCUAAGUAUAUUUGUCAUUCAAUAGCAUUUUUAGGUACUUUCUUCGUAUAUAAUUUAUUUAAUUUGUUGUUAAAUUGUGUAUUUUUCAGUAAUUUAAUUCAAAUAGAUAUAUUUUUUAUAGUUAUGAUAAAGUGCCAAGUAAUUUAUUCUCUACAUUGUGUUUGACAAAACCAACAAUCAUCAGCUUUGUUCAUUAAUUGAUAUAGGUUUCUGGUUUACAUGGUCAAUAAAAACUAAGUCAACUCAGCUUUUUGGUAUAUUAACUUUACAAGUCAGUUAAUUGACCGAAUGUUCAGUACAUUUAAGGAAUGACUCUAAUUCUUGGCCAAAUUAUUCGAUGAUAACCUGGUUUGGGUCAGUUUACGCUUUUUUAUAAUCCGCGAAUUAGAGUCAUUCCCUAUAAUUUAAUUUUAAAAUAAUUAAACAACUGUGGGUGUAAAAUUGUGUUGCUUUUUAUGAGUUCAAAUUUGCCGCUCAAUAAUACAUCCCUAGUAACGGAAGUGAUAUGAAACAAGGGGAGGUAAUAACUGAUAUACAGAUCUAGCAGCCAUGAUGUUUGUGUACACGAGGUAAGAUCGAGCUACUGUUUGAAGUUAAAGGUACAUUUAUUAAAUCUGGAAUUUCCCAUGAAUUCCAAGGACUGGAAAUGAGGGGAUUGUAUGGAUACAGCUGAUCCAGCUGGUUGUCAAGGGGGUGUGUCCCUAUAUCAAACCAGGUUAU